AUGGCGGAGCACGAGGAGCUGGAGGUGGGCGACGACGGCGGCCGCGUGCUGAGCAUCCAGUCGCACGUGGUGCAGGGCUACGUGGGCAACAAGAGCGCCGUGUUCCCGCUGCAGCUCCUGGGCAUGGACGUGGACCCCAUCAACAGCGUGCAGUUCUCCAACCACACGGGGUACGCCAAGUUCACGGGCCGCCGCCUCACGGGCGACGAGCUGCACGAGCUGCUGGACGGCAUGGAGAUCAACGACCUGCUGCGGGACGCACACACGCACCUGCUCACGGGCUACAUCGGGUCCAUCUCGCUGCUGGACGCCAUCGUGCGCGUCUACGAGCGGCUGCGAGCUGCGCAGACCCACCCGGAGCGCCUGGUGUACGUGUGCGACCCGGUGAUGGGCGAUCUGGGCAAGCUCUACGUGCCUAUGGAGCUGGUGGACUUGUACCGAUCCAAGGUGCUGCCGAUUUGCGACGUCUUGACGCCGAACCAGUACGAGUGCGAGCUGCUGGCGGAGAUGGAGCUGCGCACGGUGAAGGACGCCAUGCGUGCCUGCAAGAAGCUCCACACGCUCGGACCGAAGGUCGUGGUGAUCAGCAGCUUCCAGGAAGCCUCGGAGGGUGAGACGCCGAAGGAGCUGGUGGUCAUUGGCAGCAAGGUGAUUGCUGGCAUUGAAGGAGGUGAGCCUCGCUGUGAACAGUACGAAGUGCGCUUCCCGUGGAUUGACAGCUACUACACCGGAACGGGGGAUCUGUUCGCGGCGCUGCUGCUCGCUUGGCUCUACCGCUUCCCGAACGACUUCAAGCGUGCGCUGGAGAACGUAAUUUCGACAAUUCAGGACGUGCUCCGCAUCACCCUGAAACUUGGUGGGAAGGACUGCGACCUGAAACUCAUCCAGAGUCGCCACGUGAUUACCAACCCCACCGUUCGAUACGUUGCCAAGCCACUCUCGGUGCCGGUGUUGUCCGUGUUGGUGGACUUGAAUAUUCUACUUGGAACCACUAGCGACGGCAACGCUGGGGACGUCCCGGCAGACGCUGCUAUCAAGCGCCGUGACCUCCUCGAUGCCCUCGCGACACUCGUGGGCGCUGGAAACGCGCUUCCUGCAGAUGGUCGAAUCGAAACGCGAAACUGCGAGACGCUACUUGUGUCUGAAUCGGCUACUCUCGUGGACUUGGCGUCUCGCGCUCUGUAUCAGGUGGUCCCAUCGGCUGCAUCCGACGAAGCGGUGACGAGCUACAUCAAGGAGCAUAACGCGCAAUGCCUGCUUGCGUAA